UUAUGACCGACAAUGACUACAUCGAACUUCGAAGACGGUCUGAUUCCUAUCGUUGACGGCAACAAUGGCGGAGGAUGAUGUACGGCUUGAGUUGGAGGCUGUGCAGGCUGUCUAUGGCGAUGAUAGCCAUCUAAUUUGCGACUUUCCGCCUCAUCUCACCGUCCACAUCAAGCCGCGUACAGCCGACGACUCAUCGCAGCAGUUCGUAGAAGCGACCAUUGGAAUAAAAGCAAACACUAAGUACCCAGAGGAACCUCCCCACAUAUAUAUUACUUACAUGAAAGGAAUGGAUGAUAGCCGUCAGGCUCAUUGGAUUACUAGCAUACGGAAAAGGGCCGAAGAACUCGCUUCAUUCCCAAUGCUUGUAGCACUUUGUGAGGAAGCGGUGGAUCUUCUUACAAAUAUGAACCAUCCUGAAGGAAAUUGUCCUUUAUGUUUAUACCCUUUGGUUUCAAAUGAUAGAUCCGGUACUUCAUUACCCUUUAUGAAGUUGAUGUCGUGCUAUCACUGCUUUCACAGUGAAUGCAUGAUACGUUUGUGGAAGUGGACCCAAGAGAAAUAUGGAACCAAAGAAAUAAACCAGGCAUUGGAAACUUCUCCUGAAUCAGUUGAAGUCCAAGGAGAUGAUACCUCUACAGCUCAAGUGAUUCAAGGUAGCACGAAUUUGCAAAAGGCAACUUGCCCAGUUUGUCGUCAGGUGUUUGAUGCCAAGGAUAUUGAACAUGUUCUUGAAUAUCUUGUGAUAAACUCAUCUAUCGCGAAUCCCAUAGAACCAGCGAAUGAUGAGGAAGACAAAGCAGUUCUUUAUUCGGAUUUGGAGAACAAGAGAAGACAAUAUUUUGAUGCCAUUCUAAAACUCCAGCAGGAAAAAAAGGGUCUGAUUGAACCUAAAAAAAACCUCGUAAUAAUGGCUGGAAUGUUCUUACCCGAAUCUGUCGAGCCACCAAUUUCUUCAGCAGAAGAAAAAAAUGAAGAAUUUACAGACCAACCUGGCAACCAUGGCUUGGAAUUGAAGGGAGGCCCCUCCAUGAAAGCUUCUCCAAGCAACUCAAAUAGAAGGAGAAAGGGGAGUUUCAGAGGUAAGACUAAUACAGAAUCCAGCAGAAAACAAUGGGCUGUGAAGCCAAUUAGUACUUCAAAACGAUAACAGGCGGAUGGAUACUGAUAUAUAUAUGUAUAUUGAGAAAUUUAUAUACAUAUCACAUAAUUUUUAUGUAUUUACAUCUCUAACACCUAACCUUUUGUGUUUGCAUUUAUUUUUAUUGUGAGGUUAAAACUUGAAGUGCUAUAUUAAAUAUGAAACUAAAGGUGUUCGAUGUGUAAAUUCGUAAGAAUUGUGUGGUAUGUGUGUCAAUGCCCUAUAUCUUUUUUCCUUACUUUGGAGCAUUUUGAUGUAUGAAUAAUACUUUCAACAGUAGGUAGUAUUUAUAAAACUAUGUCCAGUUGCAUUAAUUUAUAA